AUGUUUAAGAAAAAUUAUAAGAAACAGUCAUUUACAUCAGAUUCUAUAAAAAUGGGAAAAUUUGUCCAUCAGUGUGAAAAUUUGGGUGUUAUUAAGUUAAUUUGUAAAGACAUUCCCUAUCCUAAUUCACCAGUGUUAUUUAGUAAGAAAGAAAUUGGUAAAAUUGAUGAUGUUUUUGGUAGAGUUGAUGAUGUUUAUGCAUCAAUUAAACUAAAAGAUGACAGCCAGGCAAGUAGGUAUUUUGUUAAAGAUGCUAUAUUUGAGGGUUAUUUGCUAAAUUUUUAA